CAUUGGUUGUUUCAAAAUUGCACAAGGAAAAUAUUCGAUCAAAUAUUUCUGUUGAAUAAAUAAAUAUUUUGGUAGACACUAAAUUGAAAAUGGCUUACGAAAGGUCUAAUCUAACCCAGCACGAAAUGGAGAAGAUUCAAAUGGUUUUUGCUCAAUUUGAUAAGGACAGUGAUGGUAGGCUCACCGAGUUGGAAUUCAAUACUUCAAUGUAUGUGCUUGGUGAGAACCUCAGUCAUGAGGAACUACGUUCAAUCUUAAAUUCUUUCGAUAAAUCUGGCGAAGGUUUUAUUGAUAUUGAUCAGUUUAUCUUGAUAAUGGAACAAAGGAAGCGUGACAAUGAAUCGUUAUUAGAAAUUGAGAAGGCGUUCAAGCUUUUUGACAAGGAUAACAACGGUUUUAUAUCUAUGCCUGAACUAAAACGUGGUAUGACUUCUAUUGGUGUUUAUUAUACUGAAGGCGAGCUUUGUGAUAUGCUAUAUGCGGCCGACACUGACAAAAAUGGUAAAAUUGAUUUUCUAGAAUUCGCUGAGAAGAUAAUGCCCGUCAUAAGGUCUGUCAGGAACAGCGCCAACUCUCUCAAAAAUCUCAAAUAAUUAAUUUUAUAGUGAUUUUAUAACGAUUCAGCGACUGUUAUGAAACAGGUCACAGCUAUGGUCAAUACGAAAAGGUCAAGAAACGAAGCAUUCAUCAAAGAAUCAAAUUUGACGAUAAAUAUCGUCAUAUAUGGAAGCGACUAAGAAGUGAACUUUUUUAAAAAGAAAUUUAUAAACCUGAUGACUGAUGACCAAGACUAGACUUAUAAGAACAAAAAAAGUUGCUGUUCGUUUUAGAUGACUCUGCAGUUAAGAGCAAAAUUAAAGUACAAAGUCGGCACUUAUAAAUUUUUAUAUAUAUGAUAUAUUUUUAGUGAUUU